AACAUAAUAAAAUUUUGUAAUUUCGAGUUCUUUAAGAGAUUUACUAACUAAUUUCAGCUGUAAAUAAAGAAGCAUUAGUGUACAGCUUAUAAUUCUUCAACAUGGAGCUGGCGUUUUCGCACAAAUCGUUCUUUGGACGCCAGUGACAACUCUGCCAGUUCAAUAUUUCAAUUUUUGCAGCGCGUCUCGCCCAAUUUUCUGCAAUUAAAUUCCACCAGCAACGCUAUCAACAAAUAUGCUGUCAAGCCACAAACCUUCUACAUAUAUUGUACUUUUAGAAAAGUAAUAUUUGUUAAAGUGAGCGUGUGAGUGCUGGGAUUCGAAUCUACGGAAGUCCUUUUGGUUGGUGCUGAGCUGUUGUUGUUUUUGUUGCUUUCGCUGCUGCUGUUGCCCUGUAUACGCCCUUGCGUAUAACAAUGGACAUGGAAUACGCCAACAUCAAUGAAUUUAAUGACCGCGACCUAGCGACACGCAUGCGCAACACAAAUUAUGAAAAAUACAAGUCUCUGGUGCGCAUGCACCUCUCCUUCGAGCUAGAACUAAACACCGACGAGUUCGACUUGCCGUGCCAUGAAAUCGUCUAGGAAGAUAAGGGCAAGAUAAAGAAGUGGAAUCGCCUCUCCAAGAAGAAUCGCGGACCUGCCACAGGCUGCACGGCUGGGGCAGGCAGUAAGUCGGGGGGCAACAGUCCCACUGAAACGCUGCAGCAACAAAUUGAUGCUGGCUUUCUGAUGCACCUGGAGGAGCUCAAAGAGUUUCUUAUGCUGGAGAAGAAUCUCACCCAGGAGGGACUCUUUCGCAAGGCAGGAGCCGUUUCCAGGCAGAACGAGCUACGAAUGCACAUACAGCACGACCAGCCCUUGGAUUUGGAACUGACAGGAUUCUCGGCUAACGACUGUGCCACUGUUUUUAAGAGCUUUCUGGCCGAGCUGCCAGAGCCUUUGCUUACAGACGCCCACUAUCCGGCACAUCUUCAGAUAGCGCCGCUUAGCCAGGCAUUAAUGGGGGGUCAGGUGGCGGCUACUGCAGAGCGCCAACGACAUCUCAACUCGAUGCAGCUGCUCCUUCUCCUGCUCCAAAUCACGCUCUGAGCAUUUCCCAACAACUGCCUAAAAAAUGAGGUCAUCACAAAGCUGCAAGAGUCCGAGCAGCGACGCAAGGUCAUCGAAAUGGAGAAGGACAUAGACCUUCUUAUGCAUACCAUCGAGCGGGAUGCAACCAAGAGAUGCAGCUGGCCGAGGACGAGAUUCACAACCAGGAAAUGGACCUCUUGGCACAGCGCUACAUCAAUGAGUGCGAGGGUGCUCCUUUGUCCCAGAAGUUCUACGAUAAUAUUC